AUGCCUCCCAAAGCUAGCGCUCGUCGCGCAGCUCCUCGACAAACCGGCGAAUCCGCCUCAGCCCCCACAAACACAGCAAGUGCACCAUCUGCCUCUCAAAAUGCCCGCGAGGCCAGCACAACAACCACCAGCGCGACUCCUGGUCCAGCCGGUCGUCCGGUGCAGCGCCUCCAGUCAUUGAAGAAUCGCAAACCCUCUGGGAGCAUCCCUCCUGCAAGCCGACCUCCCUCUGCCCUCGGCGGCGAACAAGCUAAGCCUGUGAUGAAAUAUAAGCCCAAGGCUGUUGAGCGUCGCAGCAAGGAGGAGCGUGACGCGAUUGAGAAGCGUGAGCAGGAACGGCUUAAUGAGCGUUUGCGCGAGGCUGCGGCUAUCCAGCGUGGUCGUGGGACUCGCGGUGGACGGGGUGCGUUCCGUGGUCGGGGUGGACCAAUGGGGAUGGGUGCGAAUGGACCGUUUGGGUCUGGGUUUGGAGGAGCGCGGCGCGGUCGUGGUGGUGCUUCUGGGGGUGGUGGAGGUGGUUAUGGUGGAGGUGGUUAUGGUGGUGGUUCUCGGAGUCGGUUCCGGUCUGGAAUUAGUGGUGGGAGUCAUGGGGUGGAUUAUGACUCGGAUGAGGAGGAUGAUUAUGAUGGGCUGCGGGUUAGCAUUGACCGGAUUGGGUUGGAGAGUGAAGAGGAGGAAGAUGAGGAGGAUUCGCGACAGAUCAAGGGCAAGAUGCCGAUUCGAUCGCGCGAGGGCUUGCGCCCUGUUCGGGUUACUCGUCUUCAGCAUGAGGAGCGGGUGAUUAGUGUGAAUAUGGAGUCGAGUACUGCCAGGACGGAGGAGAUUCGUCAGAAGGCUGAAGAGGCCAAGGCUGCUGCUACACAGGCCGUGGUCGAGGAGCCCCAUGUGAAGGCUGAACCCGUUGAGGAUGGAGAUACUCCCAUGGCCGACGUGCCUCAUGACGAUGAUGGAUUCCUACCUACGCAAAAGGUCCGUGUCCGACGAAAGGUGUCCAGCCCUCGAGAUCUCGCUACACCCGAACCGGUGCAGUCUGAACCUGAAGUGGUCGAGGCAUUGGAACCUGUAAAGGUUCCUCGAGAUCCACGAGAGCUCCUCCGAACAAGAGAGGAGAUUGAUGAAUAUGAUCGCCACCUGGAGGACCUAAAUCAUGUCCGCAAACUCCUAUACUACGAAGAGGUCCAGAAAACCACAGAGACCUCUCCCACCGAACCACCAACCGCCGACGGCGAGUCUGCACCGGAACCCACCACGGAAACCCAGGACGAAAACGAAAACGAGGACGAAGAUGAAGACGAAGAUGAAACCACCAACCAAGCCCUCCUGGGCCAACUCUUCCUCAUGCAGUUCCCCCCAAUGACACCCAACCUCACCCUCCCCGACGCCUCUACCACUCAACCCUCCUCUACCGACACCCCCGACAACCAACCCGCCCGCCAAACGGAACCCGAAGUGAAACCCGAAGGCGACGACGUCCAAGUCAUUGACGACACCACCCCCGACACACCAAAGGUCAUCACAGCCGCCACAGACUGGGCUCUCCCCGCGGGUCGCGUGGGCAAACUCAAUGUACACAAAUCCGGCCGGGUAACGCUCGACUGGGGCGGUAUCAGCUUUGAUCUGGACCGCGCGACGGCGGUGGACUUUGUGCAGGAGGCGCUGAUUGUGUCAAGUCCGCCGGAAGCAGAAGAUGGGGCGCCGCCGCGAGAUGAUAGUGAGAACAGGGUGUGGUCGAUGGGUCAGCUUUGUGGGAAGUUUACAGUGAUGCCGAAUUGGGAUGAGAUGCUGUGA